AUAUUUUAGUCGUGUUCUUAUUCGGGUUCAGAGCUGAUUAAACCAGUCAUUGAUCUUUAGUGUUGACCCGACCCAAUUGUUUUGUUAAUGUUUGUUUGCAACAUAUGCCCAUGUCCAAAAGUGCCAUUCUUGGGGAAAUACACAAGAGAGGAUCUUUUUUUUUCCGAUUCUAUUUUUUCUUCCUUCCCUCCAGUUCUUUUUUGUACCUUUUUGAAACAGUGGGUAUCCGCCUAUUUUGGCCCUUUAGAUUCUUUUUUACUAUGUAUGAUUAUAAAUGAUGGCAAAAGGAGACUAAUGCGGUCUCUACUUCCUUGACUGUUAGAGUAGGAGGAAAGAAUAGCAGAACAGUUGAAGCCAUUACUACAGCUUUCUUCCCCUCCUCCUCUUUCCUCCAUUCAGCAGCAAUUGAGACUCCAGAUCUGCCAUUUUACUUCACAAUGCUGCUGCUUCACACUAAUCUUUGAGCUGCAUUUUGUGCACAAGUUAACCAACUAAACCGCAUUGUCUCAAAGAUUCCGCCUUUAAGAUGUUCCAGUGGACCUGCAUUGUCUUCUUUCUGCUUGUAAGCUCGUUCUUGUCACUUGGGUCAGCUGUUCACAACCUUACCCUUCCUGGUCAGCAUCCCUUCCCUGAGUCUGUUGUUGAAGACAUUCAGAGAAAAGUAAAUGUAUCAAUUUCAAGAAGACAAAUGUUAAUGUACGAAAGCAAUGACCAGCCAUCAUGUAUCACCGGCAACCCAAUCGACGACUGCUGGCGCUGCGACACAAACUGGCAGCUCAACCGGCAACGCCUCGCCGACUGCGCCAUCGGGUUCGGGCAGUACGCCUUGGGAGGCAAAGGCGGCCGUUACUACGUCGUCACGGAUUCCUCCGACAACGACCCGGUUAACCCGGUUCCCGGAACCCUCCGUUACGCCGUCAUCCAAACGGAGCCACUCUGGAUCGUCUUCGCCACCAACAUGCUCAUCCAUCUGAAAGAAGAACUUAUCUUCAAUUCCUACAAAACCCUCGACGGCCGUGGUGCCAACGUCCACAUCACCGGCGGCGGGUGCAUAACGUUGCAGUACAUAAGCAAUGUUAUAAUCCACAAUAUUCAUAUCCACCAUUGUUACCAAUCAGGGGAAACCAACAUAAGGUCAAGCCCAACUCAUUACGGGUGGCGAACACUUUCCGACGGUGACGGAAUUUCCAUUUUCGGAGCAAGGGAUAUUUGGAUCGACCAUUGCUCUUUGUCCCAUUGUAAAGACGGUCUAAUUGACGCUGUGAUGGGUUCCACAGCAAUCACGAUCUCCAACAAUCAUUUUUCCCACCAUAAUGAAGUAAUGUUACUGGGUCACAGCGACGAUUACUUGCCGGAUUCCGGGAUGCAGGUUACGAUUGCUUUCAACCACUUUGGAGUAAAGCUGAUUCAGAGAAUGCCCAGGUGCAGGAGAGGGUAUAUUCAUGUGGUCAACAAUGAUUUUACCAGGUGGGAAAUGUACGCCAUUGGAGGAAGUGGAAAUCCCACCAUUAACAGCCAAGGAAAUCGCUAUACUGCGCCGGUUGACCGGAAUGCCAAAGAGGUAACGAAGCGAGUGGAGACUGCAGAAGAAACAUGGAAGAAUUGGAAUUGGAGGAGUGAUGGGGACAUAUUGGUAAAUGGAGCCUACUUUGUCGCCUCCGGCGAGGGUCUAGAAGUCAAAUACGAAAAGGCCUACAGUGUGGAGCCCAAAUCUGCCGCCUACAUUGAUCAGCUAACCAUGAACGCCGGAGUUUGGGGUUCCAGGAGGAGCCAUAUGGGGAGGUGGACGGCCGGUAACGGGACGGUGGGGAUGGAUUUGGGAGGUGAUCCAGAUUACUUGGAUGACUACGACGGCGAUGAUGAUUCCGGCAGCUUCAGAUCCCUUCCUCAUUCCCCACAUUUUAACACAUUAAUUGCUUUGUUAACGUUCAUGUGUUUACAAUUGGCAUUUAUGUUUUCUCCGCAAGGACUUUAACCUAGAGACCAAAAGGAAAAAAAAAAAAAAAAAAACCCCAUCAAAAAAAGUUCCAAGUUCAAUUUCCUUAAUGCAAUUUCGGCUGUGUGUGAAAUGUUUUAUUAGUUUUUUUUUUCUUCUUUUGCUUUUAAUGUAGAAAAGUAUAUAAAAAGUGUACAAAAUUAGGUUAAAAAUAUUAAAAAGCACCUUCUCCAGGUGUAUCCAAACAGAUCCCUCGGGAAAAUUUUGGUUCCUGCGCGUACAUUUUCUACCUAAUUUAUCUUGAGCAAGACACUUCCGGUGUGAAACUAUGAAAAACAAGGGUUUGCAAACAAUAUACGCAAGUGAUGUUAUGCAUUGUGGAUAAAACACCGUUUGUUAGUACUAAAUUACUAAUAGUACUUUGUAAUAAUGUAGUAGCUGUAGUAUCCAAAUACUCCUGGUGCUCCACCGUGAUUUUGAGC